AUCUCCUUCUUUUUGUUUCUUUCCUUCGAGCGUUUCUUUCAAGCACUUAUCUCUCUAUAUAGAGACCUCUCUCCGUUGGAUACUAAUAGGAGUUCGUUGUAACUUACAAGUUUUGUUUAGAGAUUAAGAAUAGUAGUCCAAUUUGCGGAGAGAAAUGGAACAAGGCAAAGGAACCAAGUCUUCUUCUUCUCAACUUUUUGGCUCAAAAGUGUCACCUUCAUCUCCUUUAAGGAUUUUUCAGAGUCUAUUUCCUACUCAACCUAAGGUGCAAGGAGAAGAGUCUCCGAUGGCCAGAAGGCAGGAGUCACCGAAUGAGCCGUUGAAUGCAAAUCCUGAAAACUCUGAAGCGAGUUCCAUUUAUCCGCAUCAAUGCGUACAACCAUGUCAUCUGAGUUCGUCGAUCUACUACGGCGGCCAAGACGAAUGCCCUCGCCCCCAGACUAAGCAGGGCUCUGGAAUAGACACUGUGUACAAGGAUAAUGGAGAAGAUGAUUCGGGAUAUGCAACCAGAGGAAACUGGUGGCAAGGUAUUAUCUGGUAUAUAAUGAGGAAAUAUAGCAUUUUUAACUGGAAGGUUGAUAUCUUUGUUUUUUCUUCAUUUUGUUUGUGUAGGAUCUCUCUAUUACUAAGUAUUUCUCGCCAACCAACAUACUUAUCAAGGUACAUAGGUAGACCCAGAUGGCAGUUUAACCCGUUUCUAGCUAUACACGGGACGUAGACUACAGUAAUCAAAUGUUGCAGACAGCCUGUAGUUUUUCACUUACUCCGGCCGAGCAAAUAUACUAGUUCGACUCCCUUCUUCACUGUGAAGAAUGAGAGAGUUAGUCUAUUCCUUUCUUUUUUCAAUUCUAUGUAGACUAUGUACUCAAGUGACCUUGAUAUAGUAUGAAUGAUGAACUACAAAUAUGUGCUUCAGCA